AAGGCCUGAGCGGAGGUUUCCUGUUCAUCAUGUCGGGACGCGGCAAGCAGGGCGGCAAGGCGCGCGCCAAGGCCAAGACGCGGUCCUCGCGGGCCGGGCUGCAGUUCCCCGUGGGCCGCGUGCACCGGCUGCUCCGCAAGGGCAACUACGCCGAGCGCGUCGGGGCGGGCGCGCCCGUGUACCUGGCGGCCGUGCUGGAGUACCUGACGGCCGAGAUCCUGGAGCUGGCGGGCAACGCGGCCCGCGACAACAAGAAGACGCGCAUCAUCCCGCGCCACCUGCAGCUGGCCAUCCGCAACGACGAGGAGCUCAACAAGCUGCUGGGCAAGGUGACCAUCGCGCAGGGCGGCGUGCUGCCCAACAUCCAGGCCGUGCUGCUGCCCAAGAAGACCGAGAGCCACCACAAGGCCAAGGGCAAGUGAUUGGACGGGCAUCGCAGCUUCCGGAAACGCUUUCAAACCCAAAGGCUCUUUUCAGAGCCAC